GGACUUACGGACUUACGUGUGAAAAUGAGUCAUCCUAGUUUUUUUUGCAUCGGUGAUGCGGAGAUGUUAGAUCAAAAAGUAUAUUACUCUUCCACUAGAAAUUCGAAAUUAAAUACUGAAAUAUGGACAACAAACAACUCUAUAUUCAAAUCUAGCAUAAAAGCCAUACCGUUACCACCUCAAGAGGUUAACAAUAUUUGUUCUCUCGCUCCCGGUAAAACAACCUUAAUUCCAAUUUGGAUUAGAGGAGAUCGUAUAGGAAAACAUUCGUUUAGGUUUUUGUUUACUUAUGAAUCUGAGAAUAACAAUUCAGCUAUGAGAUAUAGAAGUCUCCGUUAUCUUAAAGCAACGCAAGUAUAUCCUUCUCUCAAAAUAAAUGCAUUCACUCGACCAAGUAUCCGAGGAUUAAAUGAAUUCAUUUUGGGGAUUGAGAUUGAAAAUUUACAAACUACUAGUGAAUAUCAAUUUCAAUUAGCCCAGCUGUCUUCGAUUAGUCCAUCAUGGACAAUAUCACUUGUGAAUGAAAGCCUCGAGGACGCUAGCCAGAAAUUUUUAAUAGCCCCACGCCAGACGGUGUUCACUUAUUAUCGAAUUAAAAAAGAUGAAAAGCACUCUAAACCGGUAACUCAUGACAAUGUUGAUUCACAAAGCUCAAUGAUCACACCAGAGGUGUUCUCAUCUAAGGCUUUAGAACUAUUAUUAAGCGGACAAAAAGAUCUGAAGUCGGAACCAUCACCUAUUGAUCUUAUUGUAACGAAUGUUCCUUUUACAGAUAGUACUAUAACAAAUUCCACGAACCCGCUUGAAGGAUUUUCAUUGAAUUCACGCGUUCAAUGGCGAACCAAUACUUUAAUUAAUAAUUUCCCUGUUAUUCCAGCAUCCAAACACCGUACACUUUUCCCAUUAUACAAUACAAAUGAUGUAGACCUUUCACUUUAUUGGAGCAUACCAACUUUGUCACGUCAAGGACAUCAUUAUAUUAUUGGGAUUAAUCUUGGAGUUCAACAAAAUCCGUUUCGAUCACAGAAUAUAGCAGCAAUUCAGGGUAGAGCAUUGUUUGAACAGACAGUUCGGGAGCGAAAUACAUUAGUUAAUAGCUUACUGAAAAACAAAAAUUUCAAAGAUGAAAAUCCAUUAAAACUCAUUAUACAAUGUGCAGACGUGUAUGAACAUGAUUUUCGGAAUCGAAGCUUUUGUAUUGUUCCUAUCAAAAUAUCAGUCAAAAAUUGUUCAUGGAAUAGGAAAAUCGGGUAUACAUUGGAGAUGUUAUCGUCUGAUCGGAAUGAAACCAGUAGGAGUACACUACACAAGUCUGUAUACCCAACAGUGUUUCAAUGGACCGGACCUACUUCUAAAUGUUCCAUAUUAUCAGUGAACGAAGAACAGACAUAUAUUUUCAAAGCAUGCUUUGUUAGGCCUGGCGUUUAUGACGUAAAUAGAUGGCGGUUGACGAUAAAUUUUGAUCAGACUAUAACUGAUGAUGAAAGUUCACGAGAGCACUAUGCAACGAACGUUUGUGAAGGCAAUGUUGGGAUGAAAGGUUAUGUACAAAUGCCUAAUACUUUACGUCUUUUGACAUUGGUGGAUAGUUCAAUUGACAAAAAGA